AAUAGUUUGAUGUUAUUAUAUUAUAUUAUAUCUUAAAACUCAUUUUUCUAUAAUAUGUAUUCAAGAUAUGAAAAUAUGUCAAAUAAUCAAAUAAAUGUAGAUGAUAUUCAAAUUUAUAAAGUCUAAUUAAUAUAUACAUGAAAUAGUAUUUUUAAAAAAUAUAUAAACAUAUUCUUAUAAAAAAUUAUAAUUUUGAACUGCUAACUCUAUAAAUUAGUAAAAUAAUAUAGCUUAGUAUUAAUUUAAAAAGUUUUUAUUGUAUGUGUUAAAAGCUAAAUCGAAGUAUUUUUCAGAUUUGGUCCUUUCAAUGUCUGAGUUCCAAGCGGUUCAAUGUAUUCCCAAAUGGUCUUUGUCUUUGGUUGACUAAAAAAUAAGCCAUACAUUUUUUUUUGGAAAAGUUAAGGCAUGCAUUUUUAUAAAAAUAAUAAUUGUUAAAAGAUAAAAUAAUAAUUCAGUAUAUAUAUAAUAGUUGUUACUUAGUUCUUAUUUAAGAAUAUAAAUUAUGCUAUGGUUUAUACAUGAAUUUUUCUUAUAACAUCUCUAUUAUUAAAAACUGAUUCAUUUAAAAAAAAAUAGACUGAUUCAUUAUUUAUCAUUUUUAUCGUUGGUUUAUAUUUAUUUUAAUUAGAUUAAUCGAACUUUAACAGAGCAAACAUCGCUUUUGGUUUUGUUUGUAUAAAUCUAAAAAAGGGUUGAAUGGGUACGAUAUAAGGCUUCGUACAAAGAAACAGAGGCUAAAACACACACAAAAAGAGAUCAAAAUAAAGACAAAGAUAAUGUUAACAGCGAGGGCAUGGAUCAUCGCUUCAGGUUUGGUCGGAGCUAUAUCACUAAUGCUCCGAUCAGCGUUGAACUUUUCCGUCACCGGAUUCCAUUUCUCUCUCCCUACCUUUAACCCCCUCUUCUUCAUCAUCAACGGAAUCAUCUUUGCUCUAGCCGCCUCCUCUUCUCUCUUUGGCCAUGGAUCUGACUCUCCGGCCACGGAGCAUAACCACGAUCAUGAUACAUAUCAUCACUAUGAACAUGAUGACGAUAACCAUAGCCAGAACCAUGCCCACGACCGUUCUUGGAAUAACUCAUCAUCCGAUUAUUCGUUUGAUCAACACAAUAAUAAGGUUCCCGAGGACGAAAAGUUAACGGUGAGGCCAGAGAGUGGAGGAUCUUUUGGUAAUCGUAAACCGGUUUCUUCUCCCAAGAGUCGUUUUCCGUCAACGGCGCCGAAGAAACCUGCUGAACUCCGACGUCCACCUACGGUCCCUUCAAAGACUUUUCCACAAGAUGACAAAUCGGGUGAUGAGAGCGAGACCAUGGAUGAGAUGUGGAAGAGAGUCAAAGCCGAAAAACAACCAACGAAACCUAACACGGUUCAAGGCCACGUUAUUUCAAGAAACGACUCAAGAAUGUCCACAUCAUCGUGUCCAUCACCGUCGCGAGCGAGGAGGCCUCCUCCGUCGUCGUCGGGGUCGGGAAAGAAGUUGACGGAUAGAAUUCCGUCGUGGGGGAAUUUGAAAAAGGAUUUAUCAAUGGGAAGAGAUGAGCUCAAUUCACGAGUCGAAGCUUUCAUAAGAAAAUUCAACGAUGAGAUGAAAUUGCAAAGGUUGGAAUCUUUAAGACGUUACAAACUUUUCCGUCGUCGGAGCGAGGAACAGUAAAGAUGUCGAUAUAAUGGAAGGAGCAUACCAAAACGAUGGUGCAUUUUAUACUAUUUUCCUUUUUGGUAAGCUUUGUUUCAUCCACACUCCAUACGGGUAUUAGUUUGUAUCUACUCAAAGCCAGAAUGUUCAAGUUAAUAUUCAACAUUCAACGACGUGUGUCUUCUGUAAUCAUUAUCUAGAAGGUUAGAUGUGCAUUUGUGUGUCUAAACUUUAGAUUUGCGUUGGUAUUGUAAGAAAAUGUGUUUCUUUAUUAA